AUGGCGGCGCGCGUGCUGCUGCGCGCGGCCCGGCUCGCGCUGCCCGGGCCGGCCCGCGGGUUCGCCAAGAAACCGGGGGGGAAGGUCAAGGGCAAGGCGGUGCCGAAGGAGGCCCUGCAGGGCCCCGAGGUGUGCACGGACCCCACCAUGCUCGCCACCCACGCCAUGGGGGUCAACUACUUCAAGGAGGGCCCGGAGGUGGCCCUGAAGCCCGACUCCGAGUACCCCGACUGGCUCUUCAAGAUCGACCUCGGGCCCCCCAAGAAGCUGGAGGAGUUGGACCCCGACUCCAUCGAGUACUGGAGGCGGCUGCGGAAGUACAACAUGUGGCACCGCAACCGGCUCAAGAAGGGCAAGAAGCUGUAG